AUGAGCUUUAAGUAUAAGGUUGAUACAUCAAAUCUACUUAUAUACACAGUACUUGAUUUCACAAAAUCUUACACUGUGGACAUGAAGAAAAAAACAUGCACUUGUCAAAGAUUUCAAUAUGAUGAAAUGCAUUGCUCCCGUGCACUGGUUGUAUUAACAAAACGACAUGUGUCUUUCUAUGACUACUGCUUUGACUACUAUAAAAAAGAAGCUUUCAUGGCAACAUAUAAAGACAACAUACCACCAUUAAGUGAUCCAAUCUCUUGGGAAAUACCUAAUGAGAUCAAAGAAAUAAUUGUGCUACCACCAAAAAAUAGGAGACCAGUAGGAAGACCAAAGUGA